CUUUCUCUUCAUACUCCACACUGAAUGACCAAUUGAACCCUCCCUCCCUUCCCCCAUAAGUUUUUGUCAUCACUGUCUCUUUCACACUCUGAUAUCUUCUCCAUAUCUCUCAUCUUUGGGUAGUCCGAGUAAUGAAGAUGAAAACCCAGAGGUUGAAACACUGUCAGAUCUUCAAGUUUCUAGCAGCUCUUCUUCCCCUGUUUCUGGAUCUUUGUCAUGUCUCCUCUGCGGCCAUGGAGAAAAGAACUUUUAUCGUUCACAUGGCCAAAUCACAAAUGCCCUCUGGCUUCAAUGACCAUUCUGACUGGUAUAGUUCCUCCCUUAGAUCUGUCUCUGGAUCUGGGGAGCUUAUCUAUGCCUACAAGAAUGCAAUCCAUGGAUUCGCAGCCAGAAUGACGCCGGAGGAGGCAGAGUCCCUGCAGAAUCAGCCGGGUGUUCUGUCGGUGUUGCCGGAGACAAGGUACGAGCUUCACACCACCCGCACGCCGUUGUUUUUGGGUCUUGACAGGAACGCCGAGUUUUUCCCGGAUUCAGAUGUGGCAAAUGAUGUCGUCGUCGGAGUGUUGGAUACAGGGGUUUGGCCGGAGAGGAAGAGCUUCGACGACUCCGGCCUUGGGCCGGUUCCGAGUUGGUGGAAGGGAGAGUGCGAAUCUGGUAAGAAUUUCAACGCUUCGAGCUGCAACAGAAAGCUCAUCGGCGCCAGGUAUUUCUCUAAAGGUUACGAGGCAGCUCAGGGCCCAAUUGACGAGUCCAAAGAGUCCAAUUCGCCGCGAGAUGACGACGGCCACGGCACCCACACCGCGUCCACGGCGGCCGGAUCUCUCGUCCCCGACGCCAGCCUUUUGGGUUUCGCCUCCGGAUCUGCUCGUGGAAUGGCACCACGCGCUCGGGUGGCCGUUUACAAGGUCUGCUGGGUGGGUGGUUGUUUCAGCGCCGACAUCUUGGCCGGCCUGGAAAAGGCGAUCGAGGACAACGUCAAUGUCCUUUCGUUGUCCCUCGGCGGCGGAACGUCGGAGUAUCACAGGGAUAGCAUCGCAAUCGGUGCUUUUGCAGCCAUGGAGAAGGGAAUUCUCGUCUCUUGCUCUGCCGGAAACGCUGGUCCCAACAAAUUCACCUCUUCUAAUUUGGCACCGUGGAUAACCACCGUCGGUGCCGGAACAUUGGACCGUGAUUUCCCGGCGCACGUCAGCCUUGGCAACGGCAAGAACUAUUCCGGCGUUUCACUGUAUAAGGGCAAAUCUCUGCCUAACCAGAAGCUUCCUUUAGUCUAUGCCGGCAACGCCAGUGAUUCCAUAAACGGAAAUCUCUGUUUCAUGGGGACUCUGGAUCCUAAGAGGGUGAAGGACAAAAUUGUACUUUGUGACCGCGGCAUAAAUGCAAGGGUUGAUAAGGGCUUAGAGGUGAAAGCGGCCGGCGGUGCCGGGAUGGUGUUGGCAAACACCGCCGCCAAUGGCGAAGAGCUGGUGGCCGACGCCCAUUUGCUUCCGGCUACGGCGGUGGGGCAAAUAGCCGGAGAUGAGAUUCGGAGGUACAUCUUAUCGGAUUCUAAUCCAACGGCCACCAUUUCUUUCGAGGGGACAAAAGUGGGAAUCAAACCGUCCCCGGUUGUAGCGGCGUUCAGUUCGCGCGGCCCGAACACGAUCACGCCGGAAAUUCUAAAACCGGACAUAAUCGCACCCGGAGUCAACAUCCUAGCCGGGUGGACCGGCGCCGCGGGUCCGACCGGGUUAUUCGUGGACAAACGACGGGUGGAGUUCAACAUUAUCUCCGGCACGUCGAUGUCGUGUCCUCACGUCAGCGGUCUAGCGGCGCUUCUAAAAGGCGCGCAUCCGGACUGGAGCCCCGCCGCAAUUCGCUCGGCUCUCAUGACCACCGCGUACACCGCCUACCCUAACGGCGGCGGCCUGAUCGACGUGGCCACAGGAAAGCCAGCCAAUCCCUUCGUUUACGGUUCGGGUCACGUCGACCCGGUGGCGGCGCUCAACCCGGGGCUGGUUUACGACCUGAAUGUGGUGGAUUACCUGAAUUUCCUGUGCGCGUUGGAUUACACGCCGGCACAAAUCUACACUCUCGCGAGAAGAAACUUCACCUGCGAUUCUGGCAAGAAGAUGAGCGUCACAGAUCUGAAUUACCCCUCGUUCGCCGUCUCGUUCCCGUCGCGUGCCGCCGCCGCCGACGGCAACAGUUCAAUUUCAUCUGUCAAGUACACCAGAACUCUGACGAAUGUGGGUGAAGCCGGGACGUACAAAGUCUCGGUCACUGGGGAAGAUGGAAAUCCGGUUAAAAUCAGGAUUGAACCGGAGACCUUAAGUUUCAGAGAGAUGAACGAGAAGAAAUCGUACACGGUCACCUUCAGCGCCCCGGCGAUGGCAUCUCCACCGGAGAGGGACUUUUUCGCAAGAAUCGAUUGGUCGGACGGGAAGCACACGGUGGGAAGUCCGGUGGCCAUUUCUUGGACGUAGUGGAUGAUGUGUGGGGGCAAUGUGGUGUCAUUUUAAUUUUUAUCAAUAAAAUUAAAUUUCCUCUGGUUCUGUAAUUGUGCAAUCUUAAUUUGAUCAUUUGUGAAUUUAGUCCUAAUCAAGAGUACCAAAAUCUAAAGCUUCUUCUCAAAAAAGACUGCAUGGCUCAUUCAAUCAAGGGCAAAUGUAAGCAGUCAAAAAGUGCUUGCCAUCAACCAGCAACUGUCCAAAAACAAAUUUGCUGAGGAUGU